AAUUAAGUAAUGGAGAUUUUUCAAGAAGUCGAGUGAAAAUUUGUUCUUAUUUUUCUCGCUCGUCCGUUGUGGGUUGGGGACUUGGGUGAAGGAAUGUAAGUCAAUCAAUGACAAAUAUUUACAGUUGCUGGGGAGUAGUAUAACAUACCCGGGAAGCAGUGGGGUGGGCAGAAGAGGACAGGGGUGAAGAUGUCUUCUGGGUUGAUCAGCUUUCGCCUCUCAUCAUUCCAAAGAACCCCAAUCUCCCCUCUCAGAAGCCCCCUUUCCGGCAGAAAGAUCCCCAAACGCCUUUUAUUUUCGGAGAACAAUGAUCCAGCAACUCUAUCGCCAUGCUCAAUUUCAAAGCCCGGACCCAAUUUCAUCCCCUCUGCAGAAAAUAUUCCCAGCAAUUUCUGCAUUAUUGAAGGGCCUGAGACUGUUCAGGACUUGGUUCAGAUGGAGGCCCAAGAAAUCCAAGAUAACAUUCGGAGUAGGCGCAAUAAGAUUUUUCUCCUUAUGGAAGAGGUUCGGAGGCUACGAAUACAACAACGCCUUAAGGGCUUAAAAGUUAUGGGUGAGAGUGGCGAAGAGGAGGAUGAGAUGCCUGAUAUCCCAUCAACAAUUCCUUUUGUUACUACCAUGACUCCAAAGACAUUGAAGCAGCUCUACCUUACAAGCUUUUCAUUCAUUUCUGGAAUUAUUGUAUUUGGGGGCUUACUUGCACCAGUUCUUGAGCUGAGACUAGGAUUAGGAGGCACGUCUUAUGCAGAUUUCAUACGCAACUUUCAUCUGCCAAUGCAACUAAGCCAGGUAGACCCCAUAGUGGCCUCAUUUUCAGGUGGGGCAGUAGGAGUAAUUUCAUGCUUGAUGGUAAUUGAAGGUAACAAUGUAGUCCGACAAGAGAAGAAAAGGUGCAAAUAUUGCCUUGGAAGUGGGUACCUGGCAUGUGCACGUUGUUCUGGAAGCGGUAGAUGCAUGCAAGCGGAGCCCAUCUCAGUAAAUGGUGCUUCUUCCAACCCAUCUCUUCAAAGAUGCCAAAAUUGUUCUGGAGCAGGAAAGGUGAUGUGCCCUACAUGCCUUUGCACCGGGAUGGUGAUGGCAAGCGAGCACGACCCUCGAAUUGAUCCAUUUGAUUAGGGUAAAGGCGCGGAUAUCUUGUCAUAGCAGAGUUGAGAUUAUAUCGGCUUUUGUUGUGAAUGGAUCUACUGCGAGUUUACCUUUAUCCCAUGUUUGCUCCAAAAUAAGCAUCUUCUAUGUGCAACUCUAACAUUUUUUUCUUUCUUUCUAUUUCCAACUUAAAAUAGCAUACCACCUCAGUAAAUUGCCUGUAUGUAUAGCACCUGUGUAUUGUAAACCACAGACGUGAUUGUAAAUGCUCCAUCCACUCAUACUGGUGAUAUGAGAGCAUGUGAUAUGGUCAUUCUACCUUCUAGAGAUUCUUUCUUGUUAAAAGAUUAUGAAUAAAGUAAUCAUUGUGCUGUGGAGUUAUGAUAUUUCCAUAAGCAUUUGUUAAUCUUCAACCUCCUUGAUAUUUCCUAAUUGAUCGCAUUGAUUAAUGAAGGAUAUAUCCCUAU